GUUGGGGGUGACGUUGCCGGGCGGCGUUGCCAGCGUCCGGCGGGCGGCUUUGGCGUUGGGGGCCACGUUGUGCGGCGGCGUGGCCAGCGUUUGCGGUCGCCCGGGCGCCAUGAGCCGCUACAGCGUGGAGGAGCGGGCGGCCCCGCACAGCUUCGACUACCGUCUCUUCCUCAAAAAUGAAAAAGGACAGUACAUAUCUCCAUUUCAUGACAUUCCUAUUUAUGCAGAAAAGGCACGUUCCAUAAAGUUACACUGCCUAUCCAGUGCAAGCUUUUUUAAAAACCUCAGCUUAGGGCAAAAGAAUGUGUUCCACAUGGUUGUGGAAGUACCUCGCUGGACAAAUGCAAAGAUGGAGAUUGCAACAAAGGACCCUUUAAACCCAAUUAAGCAAGAUGUCAAGAAAGGGAAACUCCGUUAUGUUGCAAAUGUGUUUCCUCAUAAGGGUUAUAUCUGGAACUAUGGUGCCAUCCCCCAGACUUGGGAAGAUCCAGGACAUAAAGACAAAGAUACUGGCUGCUGUGGCGAUAACGAUCCCAUUGACGUAUGUGAAAUUGGAAACAAGGUGUGUGCAAGAGGAGAAGUCAUCAAAGUGAAAAUUCUGGGUACAUUAGCUUUGAUUGAUGAGGGUGAAACUGAUUGGAAAAUCAUUGCAAUCAAUGUUGAAGAUCCCGAAGCAGCCAAUUAUAAUGAUAUCAAUGAUGUCAGAGAGCUGAAACCUGGAUAUCUAGAAGCAACCGUGGACUGGUUUAGAAGGUAUAAGGUGCCUGAUGGAAAACCAGAGAACCAGUUUGCAUUUAAUGCAGAAUUCAAAAAUAAGAACUUUGCAAUUGAUGUCAUAAAAAACACUCAUGAUCACUGGAAAACUUUGGUAACCAAGAAGACAGAUGGAGGAGAAAUCAACUGCACAAAUACAACUGUAGCUGACAGCCCUUAUAAAUGCAGUCCAGAAUCUGCUAAAGCCAUUGUGGAUGCAUUACCACCACCCUGUGAAUCUGCCUGUGUACCAACAGCAGAUGUGGAGAAGUGGUUCUAUUACCAGAAGAACUAAAGAACUGCUCCAGAGUACAAGUUGAAAUUGCUAUGUGGCUUUCAUCAAGAACACUAGCUGUAACUGUAGUAGCUUUAUGAACUUAAAGCUUUGAAGUGGUAACGUAAUUAAAGCAGAUUCCAUGUUGACCAAUUGCUCAGAAUUUGAUGCCAGUAUAAAAACAUUUUUCCUACAUCAGAUUAGCAUCUUGCAUCCUCAAAUAUCCCAAUAGUUGUUAUAAUUUGAAAGUAAGUUUUAUGUAUAGUUGUGCUAAAAUGGGUACAUAAUGGAUGUAUAUGUUUACUGUGGGUUAGGAAAUAAAAUUAUUUUGUUGACACUUCGUUUGAGGAUAAUUAUGUAAUUCUGCAGAUUAAAAUGAUGGAUGUUUUUCGGUU